AUGUCCAUCGACAAGAAAGACCCAUCCAAGGACGAGUCCGAAGAGUCCAUCGGCUCGAGCCCCGAGAAUGAACCUGGCCCGUCAGUUCCGCCAGAAAACCAACCGGCGAAACGCAAAGGUGGGCGAAAGCCGAUCUAUGCUACUUCGGAGGAGCGCAAGCAGAGAAACCGCCAGGCGCAAGCCGCAUUUAGAGAACGCCGAACGGAAUACAUCAAGCAGCUCGAAGAAACCAUCAAGGCGCACGAAUCGAACUUAGCCAGCCUCCAGGCCGCCCACCGAAGCGCCGCGGACGAAUGCCUGAUGCUUCGGUACAAGAACUCACUUCUCGAGCGUAUCCUUCUCGAAAAAGGUAUUGAUGUCCAAGCUGAGCUUCACGCCAAAACUGGUAGUCCAAAUCUUGGUCCAACUCAUAUGCCCCAGAAUAUGGUGCAGCCACCGCCGAUGCCGCGGACGAUCCUCAGCAGACAUCAUCAUUCGCGCAGGUCCGGUUCUAGCAUCGCCCCGAAGCUCGAACCCGGCAUUGCUUCCCUGUCACAGCCUACAGGUGUCCAGCAGUCCCUGACGUCUCCUAAGACUCGGCCCACGCCCCCUUCCCAUGCGACGUCUCCUACUAACCCCACCCCGCCCUUUGGAAGUCAAGUUGCGUCCUCACCUGCGUCGUCAGAUCAUACGAACUUGCGCGCGACAAUUCCCCCUCCUACGAAGCCACAAUUAGCGCCAAUGCCUGGGAUGGCGGCGGCCGCGCGCCAGCAGCUGAUGCAACAGCAUGCUGGUCCCCGGCCGCCCACUUUCUAUCCGACAUCGUCAUUCCAGAACCAUUUUCAACAACUCGGCAAGCUGACCCAACAAGAGUACGACGCGCCGACCGAUAUGAUGGACGAGCCCGAACCGGACACCCCGGGACCAGGCCCCUAUCCUUCGACAUUCCAGGUGACUCAACCACAUGGUAUUUCUGUGCAGCCUACGACGGCAGGGCCCUCGGGGCAGUCAUCGAUGGCAUCGGGGGGGCAGGGCAGUCAUACACAAAGCCAAACGCAAGGCCAAGGCUAUCCCAGCAUGACGCAGUUGCUCGACCCCGCCUUGGACUGGGACCCAUUUGGUCUCAGCGCAUCGAUGGCCUUCCCAACACAAUUUUCCUUCGACACGAGCAACAUGAGGUAG